UACGCAUUUCAGUUCACUGUGUCGCUCUCUGUGCUUUUGUGCUUCUCUUGCUUCCCUCCAGAUCUGAUUCCACCGCCGUUUAAGAGUAUGGGUCGUGGAGUUAGCAGUGGUGGCGGACAAAGUUCAUUGGGCUAUCUUUUUGGCGAUGGGGAGGCUCCAAAACCAGCAAGAAGUGACGCUCAAGCUGAAGCACCUGUAAUUAAGCCUCCUUCAAAACCUCAACCAGUAGAUGUGACCAAGCAGAUUCCUGCUGGAAUUCAUAGUAACUCUGCCGAUGGCCAGAACACUGGCAACUUCAUCACGGACCGACCCUCAACCAAAGUCCAUGCUGCACCUGGUGGCGGCUCUUCUUUGGGCUAUCUGUUUGGAGGGCCUGGUGAAGGAAAAUGACAUCUUAUUUGUGCAGCCUUUGCAUGGAGAAUGCCUUCUUUUCGAAUUCAAACCUUGGAAACAAUGUGGAACAUAUGUAUUGAUGUAAUAUAGGUUAUGGUUGCUGGGAGAUUUCAAUCAAUACUAUAUUCUAAAUGCACAAAAUGUCUAAUACUGAAUUUUCUGUCAGAAGCAAUAUCUUAACUUUUAACUGAAUAUUUGCUAUUGCUUUUU